GAGCAUUCAAGCUGGGCAUCAGGUUGCGCAGUUGCUUUUGAGCAUCCAGACUGAGCAUAGUGUCGUGUUGUUGAUGUUGAGCAUUCAGGCUGAGCUUCAGAUUGUGCUGCUGAUGUAGACCAUCCAGGUUGAGCAGUUGAAGUAGAGCAUUCAGGUUGAGCAGCAGGUUGUGCGGUUGAAGUUGAGCAUUUAGGAUGCGCGGUUGAACUUGAGGCUCCAUAAUUCUUCUGUUAGCUACAAAAAACUACUCUUCACUUUUCUUCUCUUGCUGCUGGCUAGUUUUUAGUUAGCUACGUACGUGUUCUCAACUACUUAAUAAUGAUCUGAGAAAGAAGCUAGCUAGGAUGGAAUACGGUGGUGGGAUAGUGGACGUCGGCGGUGUAUUUGGGACUAUGGUUGGAGGAGAUCAAGGAGAUAUAAUUGAGGAGCUCUUAGGAGAAGGUUGCUGGAUUGAAGCUAGUGAGAAUAAUAUGAUGGCUAUGCAGCAAACUGCAUCGACGCAGCAACAACACUACAUGGCCAAUAAUAUUCCCAUUGGAAUGGGAGAAGGUGACCAUUUUAAUCAUCAUCAAGUUGAUCAGGAAAGUGGUUUUGUUGUUGGGAAGAGAUGGUGGAUCGGGUCGAGGGCGAGUCAAGGUCCAUCGACUUCGGUGAAAGAGAGAUUAGUAGUUGAUGUUGGUUACUUAAAAGAGUACACAAAGAACUCUUCCAACAACGUUCUUAUUCACAUAUGGGUGCCUGUUCUAAGGAGGAGAUCAGCAAUUCUUUAUCUGUAGCAGGAUUCCAGUUCAUUUGUUCCGAUUUUUGUGAAUCCAAACAUGAAUGUUCAUGUUCAAUUCUUUAGAAGCCACGAGUAUCCGCGACAUCAGCAACAGCAGCAGCAAUAUGGUUCUCUUCUAGCACUUCCUGUGUUCGAAAGAGGAAGUGGAACAUGUCUAGCUGUCAUUGAGUUUGUUAUCGCCAAUCAAAACCAAAGAAGAAGAAAACUUAUAUAUGAAGAAAGUGUUAUGACUUAUUUAAAAUAUGAUUUUUAUGUGUAUGAUUUUAUAGUACUUGAAAUAUUAUGACUGCACAUGAUUUUGUAUACUUUUUGCUUA